AUGCCUCUAUCCAACAUAUCGCACAUUCUGCUCAUCCUCUCGGGAAAAGGCGGCGUCGGCAAAUCCUCCACAACUCUACAACUCGCUCUUUCCCUCAACCUACUAGGUCAAAACGUUGGGAUUCUCGAUAUCGAUUUGACAGGGCCGAGUAUACCACGCUUACUGGGACUGGAGGAUAAGAAGAUCACGCAGGCGAAGGGGGGUUGGGUACCUGUCGAGGUGCAUCCGUCAAUUUCUGCGUCUGGUUCUUCUGGGGAUGAGGAGGUUGGUAGGGGACAGAAGAGUGGCGUGCAAGCGGUCGCUAGAGGCGCGUUACAUGCAAUCUCCCUUGGUUUUCUGUUACCGUCCCGAUCAAGUGCGGUAAUAUGGCGUGGUCCGAAGAAGACGGCGAUGAUACGACAAUUCAUCUCUGAUGUCGCGUGGCCGGAUCUGGAUUAUCUCCUUAUUGAUACACCACCUGGGACGAGCGAUGAGCAUAUCGCUGUGUUGGAGGAAUUACAUAAGCUGUCGGAGAAGAGGCCCGGUCAGUUAUCUGGUGCAGUGGUGGUUACAACACCGCAGGCUAUAUCGACAAGUGAUGUAAAAAAGGAAUUGAACUUUUGUCUGAAGACGGGAGUAGAGGUUGUGGGGGUAAUUGAAAACAUGGCGGGAUACAUGUGUCCUUGUUGUGGGGAGGUGAGUAAUAUCUUCUCGAAAGGUGGUGGUGAGGAAAUGGCGAGAGAAAAUCAAGUGCCAUUUAUGGGAAGUGUGCCCAUCGAUACAGGGUUUGGGGGUUUGGUGGAUGGAGUCAAGUUUGACGAAAAGGGAGAAGCAACUGAUGAGAAGGACCCGCGACCCUUGGUGGACCGAUAUGAGGAUUGUAAGCUUUGCCGGAUAUUCUCAGACUUUGCAAGGAAAGUGAUGGAUGUACAGUCAUGA